AUGUCUCCAAAGAGUGCAACUACAGCCACAUCUGAAUCUACAAUGGGGGGAAAAGCUACAACACAACAGGAAUCAACUUAUGAGGAGAGUACAACAGCAGUCACAUCUGAAUCUACAACACUGUCAGAAACAACUUCACACGAGAGUACAAUAACAUGCACAUCUGAAUCUACAGUGGUGCAAGAAUCCACUUAUCCAGAGACUACAACAGCAGCCACAACUGAAUCUCUAAUGCCACAAGAAACUACUUCUCCGGAGAGUACAACAGCAGCCAUAUCUGAAUCUACAACACUGUCAGAAACAACUUCUUCAGAGAGUGCAAUGGCAGCCACAACAGAAUCUCCAAGGGCACAAGAAACCACUUCUCCAGAGAGUACAAGAGCAGCCCCAUCUGAAUCUACACCACUGUCAGAAACCACUUCUCCGGAGUGUACAAUAGCAGGCACAUCUGAAUCUACAGUGGUCCAAGAAACCACUUCUCCAGAGAGUACGGGAGCCACAUCAGCAUCUUCAAGAGGACAAGAAACUACUUCUCUGGCGAGUACAACAGCAGCCACAUCUGAAUCUACACCACUGUCAGAAACAACGUCUCCAGAGAGAACAAUAGCAAUCACAUCUGAAUCUACAGUGGUCCAAGAAACAACUUCUCCAGAGAGUACAACAGCAACCACAUCUGAAUCUCCAAGGGCACAAGAAACCACUUCUCUAGAGAGUACAACAGCAGGCACAACUGAAUCUUCAAGGGCACAAGAAACCACUUCUAUGGAGAGUACAAAAGCACCCACAUCUGAAUCUACAACACUCUCAGAAACAACUGCUCCAGAGAGUAGAAUAGCAGGCACAUCAGAAUCUACAGUGGUGCAAGAAACCACUUCUCCAGAGAGUACAGGAGCCACAUCAGCAUCUUUAAGGGCACAAGAAACUACUUCUCCGGAGAGUACAACAGCACCCACAUGUGAAUCUACACCACUGUCAGAAACAACUUCUCCAGAGAGUACAAUAGCAAUCACAUCUGAAUCUCCAAGGGCACAAGAAACCACUUCUCUGAAGAGUACAAAAACACCCACAUCUGAAUCUACAACACUCUCAGAAACAACUUCUCUUGAGAGGACAAUAGCAGGCACAUCGGAAUCUACAAUGGUGCAAGAAACCACUUCUCCAAAGGGUACAACGGCAGCCACAUCAGAAUCUCCAAGGGCACAAGAAACCACUUUUCCAGAGAGUACAAAAACAGCCGCAUCUGAACUUACAACAGUGUCAGUUUCCAUUUCUCCAGAGAGUACAAUAGCAGCCAGAUCUGAAUCUACAGUGGUCCUAGAAACCACUUCUCCAGAGAGUACGGGAGCCACAUCAGCAUCUUCAAGGGCACAAGAAACUACAUCUCCGGAGAGUACAACAGCACCCACAUCUGAAUUUACACCAUUGUCAGAAACAACUUCUCCAGAGAGUACAAUAGCAGGCACAUCUGAAUCUACAGUGGUCCAAGAAACAACUUCUUCAGAGAGUACAAUGGCAGCCACAUCAGAAUCUCCAAGGGCACAAGAAACUAUUGCUCCAGAGAGUACAACAGCAGCCACAUCUGAAUCUACACCACUGUCAGAAACAACUUCUCCAGAGAGUACAAUAGCAGGCACAUCUGAAUCUACAGUGGUCCAAGAAAUAACUUCUUCAGAGAGUACAAUGGCAGCCACAUCAGAAUCUCUAAAGGCACAAGAAACUACUUCUCCAGAGAGUACAACAGCGGCCACAUCUGAAUCUACAAUGGUCCAGGAAAUCACUUCUCCAGAUAGUACAAUGGCAGCCACAUCUAAAUCUACAACACUGUCAGAAACAACUUCUCCUGAGAGUACAAUAGCAGGCACAUCUAAGUCUACAGUUGGGCAAGAAACCACUUCUCCAGAGAGUACAGAGGCAGCCACAUCUGAAUAUCCAAGGGCACAAGAAACUACUUCUCCAGAGAGUAAAACAGCAGCCACAUCUGAAUCUACAACACUGUCAGAAACAAUUUCUCCAGAGAGUACAAUAGCAGGCACAUCAGAAUCUACAGUGGUGCAAGAAUCCACUUCUCCAGAGACUACAACAGCAGCCACAACUGAAUCUCCAAGGCCACAAGAAACAGCUUCUCCGGAGAGUACAACAGCAGCCAUAUCUGAAUCUACAACACUGUCAGAAACAACUUCUCCAGAGAGUACAACGGCAGCCACAUCAGAAUCUCCAAGGGCACAAGAAACCACUUCUCCAGAGAGUGCAAAUACAGCCGCAUCUGAAUUUACAACAGUGUCAGUUUCCAUUUCUCCAGAGAGUACAAUAGCAGCCACAUCUGAAUCUACAGUGGUCCAAGAAACCACUUCUCCAGAGAGUACGGGAGCCACAUCAGCAUCUUCAAGAGCACAAGAAACUACUUCUCCGGAGAGUACAAUAGCAGGCACAUCUGGAUCUACACUGGACCAAGAAACAACUUCUUCAGAGAGUGCAAUGGCAGCCACAACAGAAUCUCCAAGGGCACAAGAAACCACUUCUCCAGAGAGUACAAGAGCAGCCCCAUCUGAAUCUACACCACUGUCAGAAACCACUUCUCCGGAGUGUACAAUAGCAGGCACAUCUGAAUCUACAGUGGUCCAAGAAACCACUUCUCCAGAGAGUACGGGAGCCACAUCAGCAUCUUCAAGAGGACAAGAAACUACUUCUCUGGCGAGUAGAACAGCAGCCACAUCUGAAUCUACACCACUGUCAGAAACAACUUCUCCAGAGAGUACAACAGCAACCACAUCUGAAUCUCCAAGGGCACAAGAAACCACUUCUCUAGAGAGUACAACAGCAGGCACAACUGAAUCUUCAAGGGCACAAGAAACCACUUCUAUGGGGAGUAGAAAAGCACCCACAUCUGAAUCUACAACACUCUCAGAAACAACUUCUCCAGAGAGUAGAAUAGCAGGCACAUCAGAAUCUACAGUGGUGCAAGAAACCACUUCUCCAGAGAGUACAGGAGCCACAUCAGCAUCUUUAAGGGCACAAGAAACUACUUCUCCGGAGAGUACAACAGCACCCACAUGUGAAUCUACACCACUGUCAGAAACAACUUCUCCAGAGAGUACAAUAGCAAUCACAUCUGAAUCUCCAAGGGCACAAGAAACCACUUCUCUGAAGAGUACAAAAACACCCACAUCUGAAUCUACAACACUCUCAGAAACAACUUCUCUUGAGAGGACAAUAGAAGGCAUAUCAGAAUCUACAGUGGUGCAAGAAACCACUUCUCUAGAGACUACAACAGCAGCCACAACUCUAUCUUUAAGAGCACAAGAAAUUACUUCUCCGGAAAGUACAAAAAUACCCACAUCUGAAUCUACAACACUGUCAGAAACCACUUCUCCGGAGUGUACAAUAGCAGGCACAUCGGAAUCUACAGUGGUCCAAGAAAAAACUUCUCUAGAGAGUGCAAUGGCAGCCACAUCAGAAUCUCCAAGGGCACAGGAAACCACUUCUCCAGAGAGUACAAAAACAGCCACAUCUGAAUUUACAACAGUGUCAGUUUCGAUUUCUCCAGAGAGUACAAUAGCAGCUACAUAUGAAUCUACAGUGGUCCAAGAAACCACUUCUCCAGAGAGUACAAAAAAAGCCUCAUCUGAAUUUACAACAGUGUCAGUUUCGAUUUCUCCAGAGAGUACAAUAGCAGCCACAUCUGAAUCUACAGUGGACCAAGAAACCAUUUCUCCAGAGAGUACUGGAGCCACAUCAGCAUCUUCAAGAGCACAAGAAACUACUUCUCCGGAGAGUACAACAGCACCCACAUCUGAAUCUACACCACUGUCAGAAACAACUUCUCCAGAGAGUACAAUAGCAGGCACAUCUGAAUCUCCAAGGGCACAAGAAACUACUUCUCUGGAGAGUACAACGGCAGCCACAUCAGCAUUUUCAAGAGCACAAGAAACUACUUCUACGGAGAGUACAACAGCACCCACAUCUGAAUCUACACCACUGUCACAAACAACUUCUCCAGAGAGUACAAUAGCAGGCACAUCUGAAUCUACAGUGGUCCAAGAAAUAACUUCUUCAGAGAGUACAAUGGCAGCCACAUCAGAAUCUCCAAAGGCACAAGAAACUACUUCUCCAGAGAGUACAACAGCGGCCACAUCUGAAUCUACAGUGGUCCAAGAAACCACUUCUCCAGAGAGUACUGGAGCCACAUCAGCAUCUUCAAGAGCACAAGAAACUAAUUCUCCGGAGAGUACAACAGCACCCACAUCUGAAUCUACACCACUGUCAGAAACAACUUCUCCAGAGAGUACAAUAGCAGGCACAUCUGAAUCUCCAAGGGCACAAGAAACUACUUCUCUGGAGAGUACAAUGGCAGCCACAUCAGCAUUUUCAAGAGCACAAGAAACUACUUCUACGGAGAGUACAACAGCACCCACAUCUGAAUCUACACCACUGUCAGAAACAACUUCUCCAGAGAGUACAAUAGCAGGCACAUCUGAAUCUCCAAGGGCACAAGAAACUACUUCUCUGGAGAGUACAAUGGCAGCCACAUCAGCAUUUUCAAGAGCACAAGAAACUUCUUCUACGGAGAGUACAACAGCAGCCACAUCUGAAUCUACACCACUGUCAGUAACAACUUCUCCAGAGAGUACAAUAGCAGGCACAUCUGAAUCUACAGUGGUCCAAGAAAUAUCUUCUUCAGAGAGUACAAUGGCAGCCACAUCAGAAUCUCCAAAGGCACAAGAAACUACUUCUCCAGAGAGUACAACAGCGGCCACAUCUGAAUCUACAGUGGUCCAGGAAAUCACUUCUCCAGAUAGUACAAUGGCAGUCACAUCUAAAUCUACAACACUGUCAGAAACAACUUCUCCUGAGAGUACAAUAGCAGGCACAUCUAAGUCUACAGUUGGGCAAGAAACCACUUCUCCAGAGAGUACAGAGGCAGCCACAUCUGAAUAUCCAAGGGCACAAGAAACUACUUCUCCAGAGAGUAAAACAGCAGCCACAUCUGAAUCUACAACACUGUCAGAAACAAUUUCUCCAGAGAGUACAAUAGCAGGCACAUCAGAAUCUACAGUGGUGCAAGAAUCCACUUCUCCAGAGACUACAACAGCAGCCACAACUGAAUCUCCAAGGCCACAAGAAACAGCUUCUCCGGAGAGUACAACAGCAGCCAUUUCUGAAUCUACACCACUGUCAGAAACAACUUCUCCAGAGAGUACAAUAGCAGGCACAUCUGAAUCUCCAAGGGCACAAGAAACUACUUCUCUGGAGAGUACAAUGGCAGCCACAUCAGCAUCUUCAAGAGCACAAGAAACUACUUCUACAGAGAGUACAACAGCACCCACAUCUGAAUCUACACCACUGUCAGAAACAACUUCUCCAGAGAGUACAAUAGCAGGCACAUCUGAAUCUACAGUGGUCCAAGAAACCACUUCUCCAGAGAGUACUGGAGCCACAUCAGCAUCUUCAAGAGCACAAGAAACUACUUCUCCGGAGAGUACAACAGCACCCACAUCUGAAUCUACACCACUGUCAGAAACAACUUCUCCAGAGAGUACAAUAGCAGGCACAUCUGAAUCUCCAAGGGCACAAGAAACUACUUCUCUGGGGAGUACAAUGGCAGCCACAUCAGGAUUUUCAAGAGCACAAGAAACUACUUCUACGGAGAGUACAACAGCACCCACAUCUGAAUCUACACCACUGUCAGAAACAACUUCUCCAGAGAGUACAAUAGCAGGCACAUCUGAAUCUACAGUGGUCCAAGAAACAACUUCUUCAGAGAGUACAAUGGCAGCCACAUCAGAAUCUCCAAGGGCACAAGAAACUACUGCUCCAGAGAGUACAACAGCAGCCACAUCUGAAUCUACACCACUGUCAGCAACAACUUCUCCAGAGAGUACAAUAGCAGGCACAUCUGAAUCUACAGUGGUCCAAGAAAUAACUUCUUCAGAGGGUACAAUGGCAGCCACAUCAGAAUCUCCAAAGGCACAAGAAACUACUUCUCCAGAGAGUACAACAGCGGCCACAUCUGAAUCUACAGUGGUCCAGGAAAUCACUUCUCCAGAUAGUACGAUGGCAGCCACAUCUAAAUCUACAACACUGUCAGAAACAACUUCUCCUGAGAGUACAAUAGCAGGCACAUCUAAGUCUACAGUUGGGCAAGAAACCACUUCUCCAGAGAGUACAGAGGCAGCCACAUCUGAAUAUCCAAGGGCACAAGAAACUACUUCUCCAGAGAGUAAAACAGCAGCCACAUCUGAAUCUACAACACUGUCAGAAACAAUUUCUCCAGAGAGUACAAUAGCAGGCACAUCAGAAUCUACAGUGGUGCAAGAAUCCACUUGUCCAGAGACUACAACAGCAGCCACAACUGAAUCUCCAAGGCCACAAGAAACAGCUUCUCCGGAGAGUACAACAGCAGCCAUAUCUGAAUCUACACCACUGUCAGAAACAACUUCUCCAGAGAGUACAAUAGCAGGCACAUCUGAAUCUCCAAGGGCACAAGAAACUACUUCUCUGGAGAGUACAAUGGCAGCCACAUCAGCAUCUUCAAGAGCACAAGAAACUACUUCUACGGAGAGUACAACAGCACCCACAUCUGAAUCUACACCACUGUCAGAAACAACUUCUCCAGAGAGUACAAUAGCAGGCACAUCUGAAUCUACAGUGGUCCAAGAAACAACUUCUUCAGAGAGUACAAUGGCAGCCACAUCAGAAUCUCCAAGGACACAAGAAAGUACUGCUCCAGAGAGUACAACAGCAGCCACAUCUGAAUCUACACCACUGUCAGUAACAACUUCUCCAGAGAGUACAAUAGCAGGCACAUCUGAAUCUACAGUGGUCCAAGAAAUAACUUCUUCAGAGAGUACAACGGCAGCCACAUCAGAAUCUCCAAAGGCACAAGAAACUACUUCUCCAGAGAGUACAACAGCAGCCACAUCAGAAUCUCCAAAGGCACAAGAAACUACUUCUCCAGAGACUACAACAGCAGCCACAACUGAAUCUCCAAGGCCACAAGAAACAGCUUCUCCGGAGAGUACAACAGCAGCCAUAUCUGAAUCUACAACACUGUCAGAAACAACUUCUCCAGAGAGUACAACGGCAGCCACAUCAGAAUCUCCAAAGGCACAAGAAACUACUUCUCCAGAGAGUACAACAGCGGCCACAUCAGAAUCUCCAAAGGCACAAGAAACUACUUCUGCAGAGACUACAACAGCAGCCACAUCAGAAUCUCCAAGGGCACAAGAAACCACUUCUCCAGAGAGUGCAAAUACAGCCGCAUCUGAAUUUACAACAGUGUCAGUUUCCAUUUCUCCAGAGAGUACAAUAGCAGCCACAUCUGAAUCUACAGUGGUCCAAGAAACCACUUCUCCAGAGAGUACGGGAGCCACAUCAGCAUCUUCAAGAGCACAAGAAACUACUUCUCCGGAGAGUACAAUAGCAGGCACAUCUGGAUCUACACUGGUCCAAAAAACAACUUCUUCAGAGAGUGCAAUGGCAGCCACAACAGAAUCUCCAAGGGCACAAGAAACCACUUCUCCAGAGAGUACAAGAGCAGCCCCAUCUGAAUCUACACCACUGUCAGAAACCACUUCUCCGGAGUGUACAAUAGCAGCCACAUCUGAAUCUACAGUGGUCCAAGAAACCACUUCUCCAGAGAGUACGGGAGCCACAUCAGCAUCUUCAAGAGGACAAGAAACUACUUCUCUGGCGAGUACAACAGCAGCCACAUCUGAAUCUACACCACUGUCAGAAACAACGUCUCCAGAGAGAACAAUAACAAUCACAUCUGAAUCUACAGUGGUCCAAGAAACAACUUCUCCAGAGAGUACAACAGCAACCACAUCUGAAUCUCCAAGGGCACAAGAAACCACUUCUCUAGAGAGUACAACAGCAGGCACAACUGAAUCUUCAAGGGCACAAGAAACCACUUCUAUGGAGAGUACAAAAGCACCCACAUCUGAAUCUACAACACUCUCAGAAACAACUUCUCCAGAGAGUAGAAUAGCAGGCACAUCAGAAUCUACAGUGGUGCAAGAAACCACUUCUCCAGAGAGUACAGGAGCCACAUCAGCAUCUUUAAGGGCACAAGAAACUACUUCUCCGGAGAGUACAACAGCAGCCACAUCUGAAUCUACACCACUGUCAGAAACAACGUCUCCAGAGAGAACAAUAACAAUCACAUCUGAAUCUACAGUGGUCCAAGAAACAACUUCUCCAGAGAGUACAACAGCAACCACAUCUGAAUCUCCAAGGGCACAAGAAACCACUUCUCUAGAGAGUACAACAGCAGGCACAACUGAAUCUUCAAGGGCACAAGAAACCACUUGUAUGGAGAGUACAAAAGCACCCACAUCUGAAUCUACAACACUCUCAGAAACAACUUCUCCAGAGAGUAGAAUAGCAGGCACAUCAGAAUCUACAGUGGUGCAAGAAACCACUUCUCCAGAGAGUACAGGAGCCACAUCAGCAUCUUUAAGGGCACAAGAAACUACUUCUCCGGAGAGUACAACAGCACCCACAUGUGAAUCUACACCACUGUCAGAAACAACUUCUCCAGAGAGUACAAUAGCAAUCACAUCUGAAUCUCCAAGGGCACAAGAAACCACUUCUCUGAAGAGUACAAAAACACCCACAUCUGAAUCUACAACACUCUCAGAAACAACUUCUCUUGAGAGGACAAUAGAAGGCAUAUCAGAAUCUACAGUGGUGCAAGAAACCACUUCUCUAGAGACUACAACAGCAGCCACAACUCUAUCUUCAAGAGCACAAGAAAUUACUUCUCCGGAAAGUACAAAAAUACCCACAUCUGAAUCUACAACACUGUCAGAAACAACUUCUUCAGAGAGUGCAAUGGCAGCCACAACAGAAUCGCCAAGGGCACAAGAAACCACUUCUCCAGAGAGUACAAGAGCAGCCCCAUCUGAAUCUACACCACUGUCAGAAACAACUUCUCCAGAGAGUACAAUAGAAGGCACAUGUAAGUCUACAGUGGGGCAAGAAACCACUUCUCCAGAGAGUACAACGGCAACCACAUCUGAAUAUCCAAGGGCACAAGAAACUACUUCUCCAGAGAGUAAAACAGCAGCAACAUCUGAAUCUACAACAGUGUCAGUUUCGAUUUCUCCAAAGAGUACAAUAGCAGCCACAACUGAAUCUACAGUGGUGCAAGAAACCACUUCUCCAGAGACUACAACAGUAGCCACAACUGAAUCUCCAAGGCCACAAGAAACUGUUUCUCCAGAGAGUACAACAGCAGCCAUAUCUGAAUCUACAACACUGUCAGAAACCACUUCUCCGGAGUGUACAAUAGCAGGCACAUCGGAAUCUACAGUGGUCCAAGAAAAAACUUCUCUAGAGAGUGCAAUGGCAGCCACAUCAGAAUCUCCAAGGGCACAGGAAACCACUUCUCCAGAGAGUACAAAAACAGCCGCAUCUGAAUUUACAACAGUGUCAGUUUCGAUUUCUCCAGAGAGUACAAUAGCAGCUACAUAUGAAUCUACAGUGGUCCAAGAAACCACUUCUCCAGAGAGUACAAAAAAAGCCUCAUCUGAAUUUACAACAGUGUCAGUUUCGAUUUCUCCAGAGAGUACAAUAGCAGCUACAACAGCACCCACAUCUGAAUCUACACCACUGUCAGAAACAACUUCUCCAGAGAGUACAAUAGCAGGCACAUCUGAAUCUCCAAGGGCACAAGAAACUACUUCUCUGGAGAGUACAAAAACACCCACAUCUGAAUCUACAACACUCUCAGAAACAACUUCUCCUGAAAGUACAAUUGCAAGCACAUCAGAAUCUACAGUGGUGCAAGAAAUCACUUCUCUAGAGAGUACAACAACAGCCACAACUGAAUCUUCAAGUGCACAAGAAACUACCUCUCCAGAGGGUACAACAACAGCCACAUCUGAAUGUCCAGGAGCACAAGAAACUAUUUCUCUGGAGAGUACAAAAACACCCAGAUCUGAAUCUACGCCACUCUCAGAAACAACUUUUCCAGAGAGUACAAUUGCAAGCAAAUAUGAAUCUACAGUGGUGCAAGAAACCACUUCUCCAGAGGGUACAACAACAGCCACAUCUGAAUCUCCAGAAGCACAAGAAACAACUUCUCCAGAGAGUAUAAUAGCCGGCAUAUCAGAAUCUACAGUGGUGCAAGAAACCACUUCUACAAAGGGUACAACAGCAGCCACAUCUGAAUCUCCAAAGGCACAAGAAACAACUUCUCCAGAGAGUACAAAAACACCCACAUCUGAAUCUACAACACUCUCAGAAACAACUUCUCCAGAGAGUACAAUAGCAGGCACAUCAGAAUCUACAGUGGUGCAAGAAACCACUUCUCCAGAGAGCAGAACAGCAGCCACAACUGAAUCUUCAAGGACACAAGAAACCACUUCUUCGGAGAUUACAAAAACAGCUGCAUCUGAAUCUACAACACUGCCUGAAACAACUUCUCCAGGGAGUACAAUAGCAGGCACAUCUGAAUCUACAGUGGUCCAAGAAGCCACUUCUCCAGAGAGUACAACAGCAACUACAUCUGAAUCUCCAAGGGCACAAGAAACCACUUCUCCAGAGGAUACAACAGCCACAUCUGAAUCUCCAAGGGCACCAGAAACUACUUCUCCGGAAAGUACAAAAACACCCACAUCUGAAUCUACAAUACUGUCCGAAACCACUUCUCCGGAGUGUACAAUAGCAGGUACAUCUGAAUCUACACUGGUCCAAGAAACAACUUCUUCUAAGAGUACGGGAGCCACAUCAGCAUCUUCAAGAGGACAAGAAACUACUUCGCUGGAGAGUAAAACAGCAGCCACAUCUGAAUCUACACCACUGUCAGAAACAACUUCUUCAGAGAGAACAAUAGCACUCACAUCUGAAUCUACAGUGGUCCAAGAAACCACUUCUCCAGAGAGUACAACAGCAACCACAUCUGAAUCUCCAAGGGCACAAGAAACUACUUCUCUGGAGAAUACAAAAAUACCCACAUCUGACUCUACAACACUGUCAGAAACAACUUCUCCGGAGAGUACAGUAGCAGGCACAUCUGAAUCUACAAUGGUCCAAGAAACAACUUCUUCUAAGAGUACGGGAGCCACAUCAGCAUCUUCAAGAGGACAAGAAACUACUUCUCUGGAGAGUAAAACAGCAGCCACAUCUGAAUCUACACCACUGUCAGAAACAACUUCUUCAGAGAGAACAAUAGCAGGCUCAUCUGAAUCUACAGUGGUCCAAGAAACCACUUCUCCAGAUGGUACAAAGGCAGACACAUCAGAAUCUCCGAGGGCACAAGAAACCACUUCUCCGGAGAGUACAAAAACAGCCACAUCUGAAUCAACAAUACUGUCUGAAACAACUUCUCCUGAGAGUACAAUAGCACGCACAUUUGAAUCUACAGUGGUGCAAGAAACCACUUCUCCAGAGGGUACAACAGCAGCCACAUCUGAAUCUCCAGAGCCACAAAAAACAACUUCUCCAGAGAGUACAAUAGCCGGCACAUCAGAAUCUACAGACGUCCAAGAAACCACUUCUCCAGAGAGUACAACAGCAGCCAUAUCUGAAUCUACACCACUGUCAGAAACAACUUCUCCAGGGAGUACAAUAGCAGCCUCAUCUGAAUCUACAGUGGUCCAGGAAAGCACUUCUCCAGAUAGUACAACAGCAGUCACAUCAGAAUCUCCAAGGACACGAGAAACCACUUCUCCGGAGAGUACAAAAACAGCUGCAUCUGAAUCUACAAUACUGUCUGAAACAACUUCUCCCGUGAGUACAAUAGCACGCACAUUUGAAUCUACAGUAGUAGAAGAAACCAUUUCUCCAGAGGGUACAACAGCAGCCACAUCUGAAUCUCUAGAGGCACAAGAAACAACUUCUCCAGAGAGUACAAUAGCCAGCACAUCAGAAUCUACAGUGAUGCAAGAAACCACUUCUCCAAAGGGUACAACAGUAGCCCCAUCUGAAUCUACAACACUGUCAGAAACAACUUCUCCAGAGAGUACAAUAGCAGGCACAUCUAAGUCUACAGUGGGUCAAGAAACCACUUCUCCAGAGGGUACAACAGCAGCUACAUCUGAAUCUCUAGAGGCACAAGAAACAACUUCUCCAGAGAGUACAAUAGCCAGCACAUCAGAAUCUACAGUGAUGCAAGAAACCACUUCUCCAAAGGGUACAACAGUAGCCCCAUCUGAAUCUACAACACUGUCAGAAACAACUUCUCCAGAGAGUACAAUAGCAGGCACAUCUAAGUCUACAGUGGGUCAAGAAACCACUUCUCCAGAGGGUACAACAGCAGCUACAUCUGAAUCUCCAAGGGCACAAGAAACAACUUCUCCAGAGAGUACAAUAGCCGGCACAACAGAAUCUAGAGUGGUGCAAGAAACCACUUCUCCGGAGAGCACAACAGCAGCCACAACUGAAUCUUCAAGGACACAAGAAACCACUUCUCUGGAGAGUACAACAGCAGCCACAUCUGAAUCUACACCACUGUCUGAAACAACUUCUCCAGAUAGUACAAUAGCUGGCACAUCAGAAUCUACAGUGGUGCAAGAAACCACUUUUCUAAAGGGUACAACAGCAGCCACAUCUGAAUCUCCAAAGGCACAAGAAACAACUGCUGCAGAGAGUACAAAAACAUCCACAUCUGAAUCUACAACACUCUCAGAAACAACUUCUCCAGAGAGUACAAUAGCAGGCACAUCAGAAUCUACAGUGGUGCAAGAAACCACUUCUCCAGAGGGUACAACAGCAGCCACAUCUGAAUCUCCAGAGCCACAAGAAACAACUUCUCCAGAGAGUACAAUAGCAGGCACAUCAGAAUCUACAGUGGUCCAAGAAACCACUUCUCCAGAGAGUACAACAGCAGCCAUAUCUGAAUCUACACCACUGUCAGAAACAACUUCUCCAGGGAGAGAAGCAGGCACAUCUGAAUCUACAGUGGUCCAAGAAACCACUUCUCCAGAGAGUAUAACAGCAACCACAUCUGAAUCUCCAAGGGCACAAGAAACCACUUCUCUAGAGAGUACAACAGUACCCAGAACUGAAUCUUCAAGGGCACAUGAAACCACUUCUCCAGGGGAUACAACAACAGCUACAUCUGAAUCUCCAAGAGCACAAGAAACUACUUCUCUGGAGAGUACAAAAACACCCACACCUGAAUCUACAACACUGUCCGAAACCACUUCUCCGGAGUGUACAAUAGCAGGCACAUCAGAAUCUACAGUGGUGCAAGAAACCACUUCUCCAGAGAGCAGAACAGCAGCCACAACUGAAUCUUCAAGGACACAAGAAACCACUUCUUCAGAGAUUACAAAAACAGCUGCAUCUGAAUCUACAACACUGCCUGAAACAACUUCUCCAGGGAGUACAAUAGCAGGCACAUCUGAAUCUACAGUGGUCCAAGAAGCCACUUCUCCAGAGAGUACAACAGCAACUACAUCUGAAUCUCCAAGGGCACAAGAAACCACUUCUCCAGAGGAUACAACAGCCACAUCUGAAUCUCCAAGGGCACAAGAAACUACUUCUCCGGAAAGUACAAAAACACCCACAUCUGAAUCUACAAUACUGUCCGAAACCACUUCUCCGGAGUGUACAAUAGCAGGUACAUCUGAAUCUACACUGGUCCAAGAAACAACUUCUUCUAAGAGUACGGGAGCCACAUCAGCAUCUUCAAGAGGACAAGAAACUACUUCGCUGGAGAGUAAAACAGCAGCCACAUCUGAAUCUACACCACUGUCAGAAACAACUUCUUCAGAGAGAACAAUAGCACUCACAUCUGAAUCUACAGUGGUCCAAGAAACCACUUCUCCAGAGAGUACAACAGCAACCACAUCUGAAUCUCCAAGGGCACAAGAAACUACUUCUCUGGAGAAUACAAAAAUACCCACAUCUGACUCUACAACACUGUCAGAAACAACUUCUCCGGAGAGUACAGUAGCAGGCACAUCUGAAUCUACAAUGGUCCAAGAAACAACUUCUUCUAAGAGUACGGGAGCCACAUCAGCAUCUUCAAGAGGACAAGAAACUACUUCUCUGGAGAGUAAAACAGCAGCCACAUCUGAAUCUACACCACUGUCAGAAACAACUUCUUCAGAGAGAACAAUAGCAGGCUCAUCUGAAUCUACAGUGGUCCAAGAAACCACUUCUCCAGAUGGUACAAAGGCAGACACAUCAGAAUCUCCGAGGGCACAAGAAACCACUUCUCCGGAGAGUACAAAAACAGCCACAUCUGAAUCAACAAUACUGUCUGAAACAACUUCUCCUGAGAGUACAAUAGCACGCACAUUUGAAUCUACAGUGGUGCAAGAAACCACUUCUCCAGAGGGUACAACAGCAGCCACAUCUGAAUCUCCAGAGCCACAAAAAACAACUUCUCCAGAGAGUACAAUAGCCGGCACAUCAGAAUCUACAGACGUCCAAGAAACCACUUCUCCAGAGAGUACAACAGCAGCCAUAUCUGAAUCUACACCACUGUCAGAAACAACUUCUCCAGGGAGUACAAUAGCAGGCUCAUCUGAAUCUACAGUCGUCCAGGAAAGCACUUCUCCAGAUAGUACAACGGCAGACACAUCAGAAUCUCCAAGGACACGAGAAACCACUUCUCCGGAGAGUACAAAAACAGCUGCAUCUGAAUCUACAAUACUGUCUGAAACAACUUCUCCCGUGAGUACAAUAGCACGCACAUUUGAAUCUACAGUAGUAGAAGAAACCAUUUCUCCAGAGGGUACAACAGCAGCCACAUCUGAAUCUCUAGAGGCACAAGAAACAACUUCUCCAGAGAGUACAAUAGCCAGCACAUCAGAAUCUACAGUGAUGCAAGAAACCACUUCUCCAAAGGGUACAACAGUAGCCCCAUCUGAAUCUACAACACUGUCAGAAACAACUUCUCCAGAGAGUACAAUAGCAGGCACAUCUAAGUCUACAGUGGGUCAAGAAACCACUUCUUCAGAGGGUACAACAGCAGCUACAUCUGAAUCUCCAAGGGCACAAGAAACAACUUCUCCAGAGAGUACAAUAGCCGGCACAACAGAAUCUAGAGUGGUGCAAGAAACCACUUCUCCGGAGAGCACAACAGCAGCCACAACUGAAUCUUCAAGGACACAAGAAACCACUUCUCUGGAGAGUACAACAGCAGCCACAUCUGAAUCUACACCACUGUCUGAAACAACUUCUCCAGAGAGUACAAUAGCUGGCACAUCAGAAUCUACAGUGGUGCAAGAAACCACUUUUCUAAAGGGUACAACAGCAGCCACAUCUGAAUCUCCAAAGGCACAAGAAACAACUGCUGCAGAGAGUACAAAAACACCCACAUCUGAAUCUACAACACUCUCAGAAACAACUUCUCCAGAGAGUACAAUAGCAGGCACAUCAGAAUCUACAGUGGUGCAAGAAACCACUUCUCCAGAGGGUACAACAGCAGCCACAUCUGAAUCUCCAGAGCCACAAGAAACAACUUCUCCAGAGAGUACAAUAGCAGGCACAUCAGAAUCUACAGUGGUCCAAGAAACCACUUCUCCAGAGAGUACAACAGCAGCCAUAUCUGAAUAUACACCACUGUCAGAAACAACUUCUCCAGGGAGUACAAUAGCAGGCACAUCUGAAUCUACAGUGGUCCAAGAAACCACUUCUCCAGAGAGUAUAACAGCAACCACAUCUGAAUCUCCAAGGGCAGAAGAAACCACUUCUCUAGAGAGUACAACAGUACCCAGAACUGAAUCUUCAAGGGCACAUGAAACCACUUCUCCAGGGGAUACAACAACAGCUACAUCUGAAUCUCCAAGAGCACAAGAAACUACUUCUCUGGAGAGUACAAAAACACCCACACCUGAAUCUACAACACUGUCCGAAAGCACUUCUCCGGAGUGUACAAUAGCAGGUACAUCUGAAUCUACAGUGGUCCAAGAAACAACUUCUUCUAAGAGUACGGGAGCCACAUCAGCAUCUUCAAGAGGACAAGAAAUUACUUCUCUGGAGAGUAAAACAGCAGCCACAUCUGAAUCUACACCACUGUCAGAAACAACUUCUCCAGGGAGUACAAUAGCAGGCACAUCAGAAUCUACAGUGGUCCAAGAAACCACUUCUCCAGAGAGUACAACAGCAACCACAUCUGAAUCUCCAAGGGCACAAGAAACCACUUCUCUAGAGAGUACAACAGUACCCAGAACUGAAUCUCCAAGAGCACAAGAAACUACUUCUCUGGAGAGUACAAUAGCACGCACAUUUGAAUCUACAGUGGUGCAAGAAACCACUUCUCCAGAGGGUACAACAGCAACCACAUCUGAAUCUCCAAGGGCACAAGAAACCACUUCUCUAGAGAGUACAACAGUACCCAGAACUGAAUCUCCAAGAGCACAAGAAACUACUUCUCUGGAGAGUACAAAAACACCCACAUCUGUAUCUACAACACUCUUAGAAACAAUUUCUCCAGAGAGUACAAUAGUAGGCACAUCAGAAUCUACAGUGGUGCAAGAAACCACUUCUCCAGAGACUACAACAGCAGCCACAACUGAAUCUUCAAGGACACAAGAAACCACUUCUCCGGAGAGUACAAGAGCAGCCACAUCUGAAUCUACACCACUGUCAGAAACAAUUUCUCCAGAGAGUACAAUAGCAGGCUCAUCUGAAUCUACAGUGGUGCAAGAAACCACUUCUCCAGAUGGUACAAAGGCAGACACAUCAGAAUCUCCGAGGGCACAAGAAACCACUUCUCUGGAGAGUACAAAAACAGCCACAUCUGAAUCAACAAUACUGUCUGAAACAACUUCUCCUGAGAGUACAAUAGCACGCACAUUUGAAUCUACAGUGGUGCAAGAAACCACUUCUCCAGAGGGUACAACAGCAGCCACAUCUGAAUCUCCAGAGCCACAAAAAACAACUUCUCCAGAGAGUACAAUAGCCGGCACAUCAGAAUCUACAGACGUCCAAGAAACCACUUCUCCAGAGAGUACAACAGCAGCCAUAUCUGAAUCUACACCACUGUCAGAAACAACUUCUCCAGGGAGUACAAUAGCAGGCUCAUCUGAAUCUACAGUGGUCCAGGAAAGCACUUCUCCAGAUAGUACAACGGCAGUCACAUCAGAAUCUCCAAGGACACGAGAAACCACUUCUCCGGAGAGUACAAAAACAGCUGCAUCUGAAUCUACAAUACUGUCUGAAACAACUUCUCCCGUGAGUACAAUAGCACGCACAUUUGAAUCUACAGUAGUAGAAGAAACCAUUUCUCCAGAGGGUACAACAGCAGCCACAUCUGAAUCUCUAGAGGCACAAGAAACAACUUCUCCAGAGAGUACAAUAGCCAGCACAUCAGAAUCUACAGUGAUGCAAGAAACCACUUCUCCAAAGGGUACAACAGUAGCCCCAUCUGAAUCUACAACACUGUCAGAAACAACUUCUCCAGAGAGUACAAUAGCAGGCACAUCUAAGUCUACAGUGGGUCAAGAAACCACUUCUCCAGAGGGUACAACAGCAGCUACAUCUGAAUCUCCAAGGGCACAAGAAACAACUUAUCCAAAGAGUACAAUAGCCGGCACAACAGAAUCUAGAGUGGUGCAAGAAACCACGUCUCUGGAGAGCACAACAGCAGCCACAACUGAAUUUUCAAGGACACAAGAAACCACUUCCCCGGAGAGUAAAACAGCAGCCACAUCUGAAUCUACACCACUGUCUGAAACAACUUCUCCAGAGAGUACAAUAGCUGGCACAUCAGAAUCUACAGUGGUGCAAGAAACCACUUCUCUAAAGGGUACAACAGCAGCCACAUCUGAAUCUCCAAAGGCACAAGAAACAACUGCUGCAGAGAGUACAAAAACACCCACAUCUGAAUCUACAACACUCUCAGAAACAACUUCUCCAGACAGUACAAUAGCAGGCACAUCAGAAUCUACAGUGGUGCAAGAAACCACUUCUCCAGAGAGUACAGCAGCAGCCAUAUCUGAAUCUACACCACUGUCAGAAACAACUUCUCCAGGGAGUACAUUAGCAGGCUCAUCUGAAUCUACAGUGGUCCAGGAAAGCACUUCUCCAGAUAGUACAACGGCAGACACAUCAGAAUCUCCAAGGACACGAGAAACCACUUCUCCUGAGAGUACAAUAGCACGCACAUUUGAAUCUACAGUAGUAGAAGAAACCAUUUCUCCAGAGGGUACAACAGCAGCCACAUCUGAAUCUCUAGAGGCACAAGAAACAACUUCUCCAGCGAGUACAAUAGCCAGCACAACAGAAUCUACAGUGAUGCAGGGAACCACUUCUCCAAAGAGUACAACAGUAGCCCCAUCUGAAUCUACAACACUGUCAGAAACAACUUCUCCAGAGAGUACAAUAGCAGGCACAUCUAAGUCUACAGUGGGUCAAGAAACCACUUCUCCAGAGGGUACAACAGCAGCUACAUCUGUAUCUCCAAGGGCACAAGGAACAACUUCUCCAGAGAGUACAAUAGCUGGCACAUCAGAAUCUACAGUGGUGCAAGAAACCACUUCUCCGGAGAGCACAACAGCAGCCACAACUGAAUCUUCAAGGACACAAGAAACCACUUCUCCGGAGAGUACAACAGCAGCCACAUCUGAAUCUACACCACUGUCUGAAACAAUUUCUCCAGAGAGUACAAUAGCUGGCACAUCAGAAUCUACAGUGGUGCAAGAAACCACUUCUCUAAAGGGUACAACAGCGGCCACCUCUCAAUCUCCAAAGGCACAAGAAACAACUUCUCCAGAGAGUUCAAAAACACCCACAUCUGAAGCUACAACACAACAGGAAUCAACUUCUGAGGAAAGUACAACAGCAACCACAUCUGAAUCUACACCACUGUCUGAAACAACUUCUCCAGAGAGUACAAUAGCCGGCAAAUCAGAAUCUACAGUGGUGCAAGAAACCACUUCUCUAAAGGGUACAACAGUGGCCACCUUUCAAUCUCCAAAGGCACAAGAAACAACUUCUCCAGAGAGUUCAAAAACACCCACAUCUGAAGCUACAACACAACAGGAAUCAACUAGUGAGGAAAGUACAACAGCAGUCACAUCUGAAUCUACAACACUGUCAGAAAAAUCUUCUCCAGAGAGUACCAUAGCAGAAAUAUCUAAUUCCACAAGAGAGCAAGGAACAAUUUCUUCAGGGAAUAUAACAUUCACAUCGGAAUCUACAAUGAUACAAAAACCAACUUCUCCAGGGAGUACCACAGUCACCACAUCUGAUUCUACAAUCGUCAAAGAAAUAACUUCUCUACAGAAAACAACAGCAGCCACAUCUGCUUCGACAACAUUGUCAGAAGCCAUUUCUCCAGAGAGUACAAUAGUAGGCACAUCUGAAUCAACAGUGGUGCAAGAAUCCACUUCUCCAGAGAGUACAACAGCAGCCACAACUGAAUCUACACCACUGUCUGAAACAACUUCUCCCAAGAGUACAAUAGCAGACCCAUCAGAAUCUGCAAUGGUACAAGAAACAACUUCUUCACAGGGUGCAACAGCAGCCACAUCUGAAUCUCCAAGGGCACAAGAAACUACUUCUCCAGAAAGUAAAAAAGCAUUCACAUCUGAAUCUACAAAACUGUCAGAAACAACUUCUCCAGAGAGUACAAUAGCAGGCACAUCUGAAUCUACAGUGAUCCAAGAAACCACUUAUCCAGAUAGUACAACAGCAGCCACAUCAGAAUCUCCAAGAGCACAAGAAACUACUUCUCCAGAGAGUACAUCAGCAGCCGCAUCUGAAUCUACAACAGUGUCGGUUACCAUUUCUCCAGAGAAUACAAUAGCAGGCACAUUUGAAUCUACAAUGGUCCAAGAAACCACUUCUCCAGAGAGUACCACGGCAGCCACAUCAGAAUCUCCAAGGACACAAGAAACCACUUCUCCAGAGAGUACAACAGCAACUACAUCUGAAUCUACAACACUGUCUGAAAAAACUUCUCCUGAGAGUACAAUAGCAGGCACAUCUCAGUCUACAAUGGUGCAAGAAAACACUUCUCCAGAGGGUACAACAGCAGCCACAUCUGAAUCUCCAAAGGCACAAGAAACUACUUCCCCGAAGAGUACAAAAACAGCUGCGUCUGUAUCUACAACAGUGUCAGUUACCAUUUCUCCAGAGAGUACAAUAGCAGGCACAUCUGAAUCUACAGUGGUCCAAGAAACCACUUUUCCGGAAAGUGCAACAGCAGGCCCAUCAGAAUCUACACCACUGUCAGAAACAACUUCUCCCGAGGGUACAACAGCAGCCACAUCUGAAUCUCCUAGGGCACAGGAAACUACAAAAGCACUCACAUCUGAAUCUACACCACUGUCUGAAACAACUUCUCUAGAGAGUACAAUAGCAGGCACAUCUGAAUCUACAAUGGUGCAAGAAACCACUUCUCCAGAGGGUACAACAGCAGACACAUCUGAAUCUCCAAAGGCACAAGAAACUACUUCUCCAGAGAGUACAACAGCAGCCACAUCUGAAGCUACAACACAACAGGAAUCAACUGAGGAGAGUACAACAGUUGUCACGUCUGAAUCUACAAGACUGUCAGAACCAACUUCUCCAGAGAGUACCAUAACAGACAUAUCUGAUUCCACAAGAGCACAAGGAACAACUUCUUCAAGGACUAUAACAGCAGCCACAUCGGAAUCUGCGAUGAUACAAAAAUCAACUUCUCCAGAGAGUAAAACAGUCACCACAUUGGAAUCUGCAAUUGUCAAAGAAACAACUUCUCUACAGAGAACAACAGCAGCUGCAUCUGAAUCUACAACAGUGUCAGUUACCAUUUCUCCAGAGAGCACAAUAGCAGCCACAUCUGAAUCUACAGUGGUCCAAGAAACCACUUCUCCAGAGAGUACAAAAACAGCCAAAAUUGAAUCUACAACAGUGUUGGUUACCAUUUCUCCAGAGAGUACAAGAGCACCCGCAUCUGAAUCUACAACACUGCCUGAAACAACCUCUCCAGAGAGUACAAUAGCAGGCACAUCUCAGUCUACAGUGGUGCAAGAAACCACUUCUCGGGAUAGUACAAAAACACCCACAUCUGAAUCUACAACACUGUCAGAAACAACUUCUCCUGAGGGUACAAUAGCAGGUCCAUCAGAAUCUACAAUGGUGCAAGAAACCACUUCUCCAGUGGGUACAACAGCAGCCACAUCUGAAUCUCCAAGGGCACAAGAAACCACUUCUCCGGAGAGUACAACAGCAGCCACUUCUGAAUUUACAACACUGUCAGAAACAACUUCUCCGGAGAUUACAAUAGGAGGCACAUCAGAAUCUACAGUGGUGCAAGAAACCACUUCUCCAAAGGGUACAACACCAGCCACAUCUGAAUCUCCAAGAGCACAAGAAACCACUUCUCCGGAGAGUACAAAAACAGCUGCAUCUGAAUCUACAAUACUGUCUGAAACAACUUCUCCCGUGAGUACAAUAGCACGCACAUUUGAAUCUACAGUAGUAGAAGAAACCAUUUCUCCAGAGGGUACAACAGCAGCCACAUCUGAAUCUCUAGAGGCACAAGAAACAACUUCUCCAGAGAGUACAAUAGCCAGCACAUCAGAAUCUACAGUGAUGCAAGAAACCACUUCUCCAAAGGGUACAACAGUAGCCCCAUCUGAAUCUACAACACUGUCAGAAACAACUUCUCCAGAGAGUACAAUAGCAGGCACAUCUAAGUCUACAGUGGGUCAAGAAACCACUUCUCCAGAGGGUACAACAGCAGCUACAUCUGAAUCUCUAGAGGCACAAGAAACAACUUCUCCAGAGAGUACAAUAGCCAGCACAUCAGAAUCUACAGUGAUGCAAGAAACCACUUCUCCAAAGGGUACAACAGUAGCCCCAUCUGAAUCUACAACACUGUCAGAAACAACUUCUCCAGAGAGUACAAUAGCAGGCACAUCUAAGUCUACAGUGGGUCAAGAAACCACUUCUCCAGAGGGUACAACAGCAGCUACAUCUGAAUCUCCAAGGGCACAAGAAACAACUUCUCCAGAGAGUACAAUAGCCGGCACAACAGAAUCUAGAGUGGUGCAAGAAACCACUUCUCCGGAGAGCACAACAGCAGCCACAACUGAAUCUUCAAGGACACAAGAAACCACUUCUCUGGAGAGUACAACAGCAGCCACAUCUGAAUCUACACCACUGUCUGAAACAACUUCUCCAGAUAGUACAAUAGCUGGCACAUCAGAAUCUACAGUGGUGCAAGAAACCACUUUUCUAAAGGGUACAACAGCAGCCACAUCUGAAUCUCCAAAGGCACAAGAAACAACUGCUGCAGAGAGUACAAAAACAUCCACAUCUGAAUCUACAACACUCUCAGAAACAACUUCUCCAGAGAGUACAAUAGCAGGCACAUCAGAAUCUACAGUGGUGCAAGAAACCACUUCUCCAGAGGGUACAACAGCAGCCACAUCUGAAUCUCCAGAGCCACAAGAAACAACUUCUCCAGAGAGUACAAUAGCAGGCACAUCAGAAUCUACAGUGGUCCAAGAAACCACUUCUCCAGAGAGUACAACAGCAGCCAUAUCUGAAUCUACACCACUGUCAGAAACAACUUCUCCAGGGAGAGAAGCAGGCACAUCUGAAUCUACAGUGGUCCAAGAAACCACUUCUCCAGAGAGUACAAAAACAGCCAAAAUUGAAUCUACAACAGUGUUGGUUACCAUUUCUCCAGAGAGUACAAGAGCACCCGCAUCUGAAUCUACAACACUGCCUGAAACAACCUCUCCAGAGAGUACAAUAGCAGGCACAUCUCAGUCUACAGUGGUGCAAGAAACCACUUCUCGGGAUAGUACAAAAACACCCACAUCUGAAUCUACAACACUGUCAGAAACAACUUCUCCUGAGGGUACAAUAGCAGGUCCAUCAGAAUCUACAAUGGUGCAAGAAACCACUUCUCCAGUGGGUACAACAGCAGCCACAUCUGAAUCUCCAAGGGCACAAGAAACCACUUCUCCGGAGAGUACAACAGCAGCCACUUCUGAAUUUACAACACUGUCAGAAACAACUUCUCCGGAGAUUACAAUAGGAGGCACAUCAGAAUCUACAGUGGUGCAAGAAACCACUUCUCCAAAGGGUACAACACCAGCCACAUCUGAAUCUCCAAGAGCACAAGAAACCACUUCUCCGGAGAGUACAAAAACAGCCACAUCUGAAUCUACAACAGUGUCAGUUACCAUUUCUCUAGAGAGUACAAAACCAGCCGGAUCUGAAUCUACAACACAACAGGAAUCAACUUCUCAGAGUAUAACAGCAGUCACAUCUGAAUCUACAAAACUGUCAAAAACAACGUCUCCAGAGAGUACCAUAGCAGACAUAUCUGAUUCCACGAGAGCGCAAGGAACAACUUCUUCAGAGAAUAUAACAGCAGCCACAUCGGAAUCUACGAUGAUGCAAAAAUCAACUUCUCCAGAGAGUACAAUAGUACGCACAUCUGAAUCUACAGUGAUCCAAGAAACCACUUCUCCAGAGAGUACAACAGCAUCCACAUCUGAAUCUCUAAGGGCACAAGAAACUACUUCUCCUGAAAGUACAACAGCACCCACAUCUGAAUCUACAACACUGUCAGAAACAACUUCUCCGGAGAGUACAAUAGCAGGCACAUCUGAAUCUACAGUGGUCCAAGAAACCACUUUUCCAGAUAGUACAACGGCAGCCACAUCAGAAUCUCCAAGAGUACAAGAAACUACUUCUCCGGAGAGUACAACAGCAGCCACAUCUGAAUCUACAAUACUGUCUGAAACAACUUCUCCUGAAAGUACAAUAGCAGGCACAUCUGAGUCUACAAUGGUGCAAGAAACCACUUCUCCAGAGAAUACAACAGAAGCCUCAUCAGAAUCUCCAAGGGCACAAGAAACCACUUCUCCAGAUAUUACAACACCAUCUUCAUCUGAUUCUACAAAAGUGACAGAAACAAUUUUUCUGGAGAGUACAAUAGCAGCCACAUCUAAAUCUACAGUGGUGCAAGAAACCACUUUUCCAGGGAGUACAGCAGCAGCUGCCUAUGAAUAUUCAACAGUGUCAGAAUCAACUUCUCUGGAGAGCACAACAGUAGUCACAUCUGAAUCAACAGUGGUGCAAGGAACAUCUUCUUCAGGGAAUUCAGCAACAUCCACCUCUGAAUCUUCAAUGAUGCAAGAAACAGCUUCUCCAAAUAAUACUACAGGAACACCAAUAUUAACAAAAUCUUUGACUCCUACAAUAGCAGCCACAUCUGAAACUACAAUGUUGCAAAAAACAACUUCCCUAGAAAAUACCACAAAUAUUGUGAUAGGAACAUCAUCCCUAACUUUUACUAAUACAACACAAAAGCAAUUAACAACAUUCAAAUCUGAUUCCACAACAGCAUCAGCAACUGUUUCUUCAGAGAGUGGGAAAAGCAGUAUCAUUCCAACAACAUUUGCUACAAAGAGCCCAUCUACUAUAACCGGGAAUGAUUUUUCUGAUUCUAAUUUUGAACCAUCGUCAGCAACAACUCAAUCGUCUAUUACUGUCACGGAAGUCAAAUUACCACAGUGGACUUUCGUCAUUAUCGUGGGACUGAAUGUCAUGGGAGUUUUCUUGUUCCUGACAUGCCUUGGCUUCUUGGUCGUUGGCUUCCUGAGGUCACCCAUGUCCAUGGCAAGAUCUGUAGCUUAUGGUGUAUAAGGAAGCCACCUUAUACAGCUGGCAGUUCAGCUGGGGAAGGAACUAUGGUCAGCAAGUGCUUUAGGAACAACAACAGCCAGCAGAUACUUCAGGACUCCCAGGACUGGAACUGGGGAAGGGAGAGAAUCAGCCAAAACUGCGACAAUAACAAUAAUAAUUAUGCCUUGGUACAACAAGGUUUGGGGCUUUCUCCCCAGCAUCCUAUUUUUUGUGUUCCUUUUAGUUAUAAUCCUUUUCUCUAGGAUGUACAGGGCUGUCAACUGAUCUCAUUUUUCCCCUUGAAAUUCUCCUGAGGUUUUAUCAAACAUACAAGGUCUUCUGAUGCGAUGAUGAUAGGACUAUUUUAUCUAUCUAAUAAAGGUGCAGCAGCCUGGUCAGAUACAAUAACUGGGCUCAGUUGCUAUCAGGUAUUUGUAACUACCUCUAGAUGCCAACAACGAGAGCUCACUCUCAUCCAGUAGACUGCUGUCUGGUUGAGCUCUUUUUCUCUACAGCCAUAUUUAAACAUAUUUAUAGAUAGAUAAGUAGGUAUAUAGCUAGAUUAGUUAGAUGUCAGAUAGAUGGAUAGAUGUGUUUUUCUGCUGAAAGCGGUGCUUGCAGUUUCAGAGUUAGAAGUGACCCCCCCCCCCAGUUUCACAACACUGGUAUGCAAGAUUUACAUACGGUAAAUAGUACAUACAUGAAUCCUCAGUGCCACAGCGGGUAAAACCACUGAGCUGCUGAAUUUGCUGACCGAAAGGUUGGCAGUUCAAAUCCAGGGAUCGUGGUGAGCUCCCGCUGUUAGCCCCAGCUUCUCCCAACUAGCAGUUCGAAAACAUGCAAAUGUGAGUAGAUCAAUCGAAGGUAACAGUGCUCCAUGCAGUCAUGCCAGCCACAUGACCUUGGAGGUGUCUACAGAAAACGCUAGCUCUUCAGCUUAGAAAUGGAGAUGAGCACCAACCCCCAGAGUCGGACACGACUGGACUUAGUGUCAGGGGAAAACCUUUAUCCUUUACCACUCAAUACAUACAUUAUUGCAGAGAUCAUCCAACAAGGUAAGAUAGUAUUAUAUACCUCUUUGUAAAGAAAGAAGGAAAUUGUUAAGCCAUUAUGGCAAAAUAAGGAACUGCACAAUCUCAGGUAUUGGGUAGCAAUUUGUUGGUGAGCAGAAAUAGUUCUGUCUUCUCAUGUGUUCAUUUUUGUAGUAUGAAAAAAAUUAAAAGGAAGAAAAAUGUGCUUAUCUGAUCACUUAAAAUACUUCAAUUUAAUAUAAUUAUCAUCCAUGGGACCACCCCACUUCACUUUUGUAGAAUACUACUUUAGAGAAGGGUGCUUGCUCAUAAAUACCAAUGACAGAUGAAAGCAGUCGACUGAAUGGGGAAAAAGCUGCCACCCUUUCCAUGUCUUAAACAGGAGAUCAGCUGCCUUGGGUCCCACUGUACAAUAAAUCAAUCAAAUAAACAAUGAUAAAUAAAUUUAAGGUUGUUCUAAAUA